GAUUCAGAACGCAGUUGAACCAAUGCAGUCGGAAGCCAUCAACCUUAUUCGUAAUGCUCAUCCAGAUUUAGUCACUCCCGAUGGAGAAGAGAUCGAAUUAGACAUUGAUGCGCUGGACGACCGUACACUAUACCGACUCUAUCAAUUGGUGUGUUCAGAUCCAACACCUCCACAAGCAACCAUUCCCGUUCCCGUCAAGAAGAAGAAGACCCCCGGUCCCAAACCAAAAGGAACAGCCAAGGCGAACGGUCAAUCCAGCGGUCCCAAGAAGAAAGGAGCCCCACGCAAAGGAAUUGAUGAACAUCAAGAAGCUGAACGCAUUAAAUUGCUCGAGAACAAACUCGAUUCAUUCAAUACUAGUCCAGCAGCUGCUCAACCCACUGACACCUUACCAGCAGCAUCUGCUGAGGUUGCAAAGAGCGCGCCACCUCCUGCCGGACCAGUCGAGUAUGCUAGUUCGAGUAGCGAGAGCGAAAGUGAGAGUGAUGACGAGAGUGAUUGAAUGUGCCCUGUGGUACCAGCCUCGCUAUGUUACUUUUCUUCCCUCUUGUCUUGUGUGUUUGUGUGAUGUCGAGAUCUAGAUCCUCAGAUGCCUUUUAAACGCUGUGCUCCAACAAACCCCGAAGGCAGCACUAUCUAUGUCUGUCAUGAUGAAUGAAUAUAUAUAUAAAAGCACAGUUACGCAAUAUUGUCAUCCCUCGAAAUAAAAUAAAAAUGUGAAAAUACUUUUCAGCUGUCUUCUCUGCAGCCGUCC